UGUGUAUACGAAAAAGCCAUCAGGAUCAUCAUUUGUGAGUGAGUUAUAUUACCUAUUUUAGUGUAUCCGCAUUUCGCCUCAACUCAACAGUUCAUGUGAUGACAAAAAAUUUUUUUUUCGUGUGUUGUUAUUAAUAAUUGAAAAAAAUAAAAAAAAAGUACAUACUCACCAACGUACAUGGCAUACACGGAAUUUUCGCAAGUCUAAAAGAUAAGCUCGUACGUCAACGCAGGGAUCCAGAAGUAAUCGACUGUAAUAAUUUGAUUACCAUUCAUCUCCAUCUCCGAUUUUUUCUUCUCUGAAUAAAUCUGUCUAAUAAGGUAAUUUAUCAUCAAUAACGACGGAACAACAAGCAGCCAGUAAUCCAGUGUGUGUGCCAAGUGCAGCAAUUCAUUAUUUAUAAAUUACAAAUAAAUAAAUAAAUGUGAGCGAAAAAAAGAGAAGUACAUGAAAUACGUGCAAAACUAAGGAAAAAGUAAAAAGAUAUCGAACAAAACCAAAUUCAGAAAUAAUAAUAAUAAUCGUAAAAAAAUAAUAAUAAAAGCGUGCGUGAAACACAGAAUAAAUUCAUAUUAAAAAGAUAUAGAAACACAAUUAUUGUUACAUUUUACAUGAGUGAGAGAUAGAAAUAACAACAACAACAACUACAAGUGUCAAUACAUUUUUUCCCGUGGACAUUGUUGCACUAAUGAGGCAUUCUUCUCCGCGCAGCAAAAUACUUAUAUAGACAUCAGCGGUGCAUUCAGGACCUAAAAGUAAAGAAAAAAUUGCUCAGAGGCGUACAACGUCUUCUAAUGAAUUUAAUAACACAGUGAAUUCCAAAAAUCAAACAAACCAUUGAGGUUAACUUUCGUUAAUUCUCAAUAAAAAAGAGGAAAAACUCGCGCAAAUUUUCUUUUUUUCUCACUUCGUGGUUUAAAAAAGCUUUCAAAAUUGUCAAGCUGGCCGCCUCACUUGCGAUGAAUCCGCAUUACCAUCCGUAUCCGGAUAUAUCAUCGCCGCACCAUCAACCUCCCAGUCCAGAUAAUACAAAUUAUUCGGGCAACAUGCCGAGCGCGCAUCAUCACAACGGGCACAUGGCACCAAAUCACAUGGAUGGACAACAGAAUUUCCAUCAGAUGAAUAAUAAUAUGGGGCCUGUGAAAUUUUGCGCGGGAUGCGGCGGUAAAAUACUAGAUCGCUUUAUCAUGUGUGCAUUAGACAGAUAUUGGCAUAAUUCUUGUUUAAAAUGUUCAUGUUGUCAUGAGAUAUUAACUGAAAUGGGUUCUACUUGCUUCACUAAAAGUAAUAUGAUUUUAUGCAAGAAUGAUUAUUCAAGGUUAUUCAGAAGUUCAGGCGCUUGUUCUGCUUGCGGAGAAACAAUACCGGCAAAUGAACUUGUCAUGCGAACGACAUCGCAGAUAAAUCCAAAUCAGAAUGGCGUCAACAAUAAUAACAAUUAUCAAAAUCAACCGUUGUUACAGCAUCAUGUGUUCCAUUUGAAAUGCUUUCAGUGUUCCAAGUGUGCAAAUAAUUUGCAGCAAGGUGAUAGAUAUUACAUGCUCGGCGGAAGCAUUGUGUGCGAGCAAGACUGGCAUAAACUAAUUAAGACAAGUAGUGCACCAAAUCCUCCAUUGCGCAAAGGCAAGGUAGGAAGACCUCGUCGUUCGAGAGACUGAGAUGGCCCGCGUUUAGGACGUCCUCCGAAAAAUCGUAAAGUCGAGGAUGAUCCUAUUGUUCCGCCAAAUCCCAAUAUGCAUCACAAUCACCAUCCGCUGCUCGAUGAUGAGAGUAUCCGUAAUUUGCCGCCAUUGC